AUGGCUUAUAGGAUGAACAACUUGGCUAACCAGGUAAAGACUCUGACCUCUAAAGAAGAUGAGACAUGCGAGGAUGAUAAAUUGAAGCAAACUUCAAAGAAAAAAGUGUACAAUGGUAGCAAUAAGAACAAUACUGUUGCUAUGGAAAAAGGACAUCUUGGGUAUGUUAAGGUUAACAUGGAUGGAUUGUCAAUAGGGAGAAAAGUGGAUCUAAAUGCUUCUUCUAUAUAUGCGACUUUAGCCCAAGCACGGGAGGACAUGUUCGCUAAUCCAACCACAGGCAUCACUUCCAUUCGUGAGUGUUCGAGUGGAGAGAGUGAGCAAUCAAGAAAUGCCACCAAGCUUUUAAAUGGAUCAUCCGAAUUUGUGCUCACUUAUGAAGAUAAGGAGGGGGACUUGAUGCUCGUACGAGAUGUUCCUUGGGAGUAUGCACCUUUCAUUUCGUCUUAA